GAAAGAAGAAAAUCGGAAUAUUCAUAUUAGUCUGUUUGCAGAAUCAUUCUAGUCAUUCGUUUGUUUGGUGUUUGUCGGUAGAUCUUCAUCAAAUCAUUUAACAUCAUUCUUGUGGUGCGUUUGUUUGUUUGUGUCUCUUUAAUCCAUUCAUUCAUUCAAUUUUUUUCCAAUUUGGCUGUAAAGCAACCAACAACCUAACAAAAAAUCCGAUAAAAAAUGGAGGCCAUCAAAAAGAAAAUGCAGGCAAUGAAGCUCGAAAAAGAUAAUGCUAUCGAUCGAGCUGAAAUUGCCGAACAAAAAGCCCGUGAUGCUAAUCUUCGUGCUGAAAAGUCCGAAGAAGAAGUACGUGCAUUACAGAAAAAAAUCCAACAAAUCGAGAAUGAAUUGGAUCAGGUUCAAGAACAAUUAUCGGCUGCCAAUACAAAAUUGGAAGAAAAGGAAAAAGCCCUGCAAACUGCUGAAGGUGAUGUUGCAGCAUUGAAUCGUCGUAUUCAAUUGAUCGAAGAAGAUUUGGAACGAUCAGAAGAACGACUUAAAAUUGCAACAGCUAAAUUGGAAGAAGCAUCACAAUCUGCCGAUGAAUCUGAACGUAUGCGAAAAAUGUUGGAACAUCGUUCCAUUACCGAUGAAGAACGUAUGGAAGGUUUGGAAAAUCAAUUAAAAGAAGCACGUAUGAUGGCUGAAGAUGCUGAUAGAAAAUAUGAUGAAGUUGCACGUAAAUUAGCAAUGGUUGAAGCCGAUUUAGAACGUGCUGAAGAACGUGCCGAAACUGGUGAAUCGAAAAUUGUCGAACUUGAAGAAGAAUUACGUGUUGUUGGUAAUAAUCUAAAAUCAUUGGAAGUUAGUGAAGAAAAAGCACAACAACGUGAAGAAGCACAUGAACAACAGAUCCGUAUUAUGACAACCAAACUUAAAGAAGCUGAAGCACGUGCCGAAUUCGCUGAACGAUCAGUGCAAAAAUUACAAAAAGAAGUUGAUCGUUUGGAAGAUGAAUUGGUCCAUGAAAAGGAAAAAUACAAAUCCAUUUCCGAUGAAUUGGACCAAACAUUUGCCGAACUUACUGGUUAUUAAAAUCACUUCUUUCAUAUUAACAACAAAAAAAAAUCAGAAAAUUUUGUUAUUAUUUUUAACAUCCAAAACACCAACAAAACACAACAACAACAUGAUGUAAUAAUCCGAUUUUAUUUAUUUAUAUAUUCGAUUGAUUUGAAUUUCGGUUCGAUUUGUGUGGGCAAAAUAACUUUGUUGCUUUGCUGGAUGGAUUAUUAAAUAAUUGUUUUUACCAAAAAAA